GUUAACGGUGCAGCUGCUCGCAGCUCAUUGGUCGGCUCGGUUGUCACUCCGGUUGUCACUUAUUUUGGCCGAACAGCCCCCUCACGCCUCUCAUUGGUCCGGGCUCACGUCAAUCAGCCGAGCUCCUGCUUUCAUUGGGCACCUGUCCGUGCGGGGGUUUAACGCCAGGGAACCGCCCCCGCCGAGCACAACCUCGACACCCCAUUGGCCGAACCGUCCCUCAUCAAGUGACGCACAUGAACACCGCGUUGUGAUUGGUCGCCUUGAAUCUCAAUCACGAAGACGCCCGGAGUCGAUUGGCGAGCGCGGCCGUCACUCAGCGCCGAGCCGCCCGCGGAUUGGCCGCGCGGCGCUGGCGGGCUCCUCCCCGGGCUCGGCGUUCGAGGCUCGCGGACAGCGAAUGUCGUCAUGAGCGGUGGGUAGGAAUUGAAACAUUGGUGUUUAUAUCUGUUUCUACUGCGAUAAACCGGGAAUUCACACCGAGCCAGAGCACCGGGCGGUAUGUGGCACGACCCGAACAACAGGACAGUAUGGCCACCACUGUUGCUGUCAGUCCCAGUGAAUACCUUCAGCCCUCCACCGCUUCCACACAACUUGAGGAUCACACACAUGGACGACAGAGGGACACAAAAGCUUUGCAGGACACCCAGCCCUCUCCUCUGGCCCUCCUGGCUGCAACCUGUAGUAAAAUCGGCCCUCCUGCUGCUCAGGCUCCCGUCACAUCUCCCCCAGCGCAGCCACAGCCUCGCAGGCUCCUCCCUAUAAAGCCAGCUCCGAUCGCCCCCGCUCCGCCCAAAAACCUGGGUUUUCUAUCAACCAAGGGCAAUGUUAUCCAGCUCCCUGCCGGCCUGGGCUCCACGGCCCCCGGGAGCCCCAUCGUCCUCACUAUCCAGCAGAGCCCGGCUCGCAGCAACACUUCGGCCCCCGCCAACAUCCAGUACCAGGUGGUGCCCCAGAUGCAGGGGCCCCAGACUAUUCAGAUGAUGCCGCAGGGUGGUCAGAUCCAGCUCAUACCAGGCACCAACCAGGCCAUCAUCACCACUCCAAUGACUGUACCGGCCCCCGCGGCUGCCACCGCUCCGGUCACGCCACAGAAGACUGUGGCCAUCAAGCCCUCGCCUAAGUUGCGUAAGCCGAACAACUCUGCUGGAAAUAUGGUGCAGCUGCCCGGCGGGCUCACGCUGCCGCUCAACGUGGCGACGGGAGAGGUGGGUGGGACUCAAAUCAUCACAGAGACGGCCGCUGCCACUCUCACUCCUGGAAAGGGACGACGAGGGAGGAGGAAGAAAGUGGUUCUGGCUUCACAAACUCCGCUGUCUCCUCCUGCACAGGCCGCCUCCCCACCCCCAGAGCAGAUGGAGACGAUCCUGAUAGAAGCUGGUGACAACAUCAUUCAGGCUGGUAACAACCUACUGAUCGUGCAGAGUCCUGGGCAGCCGGCUAUGGUGCAGCAGGUUCAGCUGGUCCAGCCCAAACAGGAAUCUCAAAUGGUUCAGAUCCCGCAGCAGGCACUGAAGGUGGUGCAGGCCGCCUCCGCCACGCUGCCGCCCGUCCCACAGAGACAGUCGGCCCCUACGAGUCUGCAGGUCACUCCGACAGAUCCAUCGCCAACACAGAUCUUCUUCAAAACAGCGUCGGGUGAUUGGCAGUCAGUUCUGCUCCAGGACUCCGUGUCCACAACGACGACCCCCACCACGUCGGUCGCCACCACCACGACUUCGCCGCCGGCCUGCACCAAAAGGACGCUGGCGGGGGGGCGGAAGGAAAAGACUCUGGCAAAAAUUGCCCCAGCGGGGGGGAUGAUGGCGUUGAAUCCGUCGCAGCUCCCCUCGGCAGCGCAGGCGGUGCAGACGAUCAGCAUCAACGGGGUCCAAGUUCAGGGAGUUCCUGUCACCAUCACCAACGCAGGGGGCCAGCAGCACCUAACGAUGCAGGCCAUGCAGGGCGGAGGGCUCCAGCUGGCGGCGCAGGGCCAGUCCGCAAUCCAAGUCGACCAGACCCUCACUCUGGAGCUGCCCGGUCAGCCCGGAGAGAAGAAGCGACGCAUGGCGUGCACCUGCCCCAACUGCAAAGACGCAGACAAGAGGCCCGGGGAGGUCGGGAAGAGGAAGCACAUCUGUCACGUCCCCGGCUGUGAGAAGACGUUCAGGAAAACGUCGCUGCUCAGAGCUCACGUCCGGCUGCACACCGGCGAGAGACCCUUCGCCUGCAACUGGGUUUUCUGCGGGAAACGUUUCACACGCAGUGACGAGCUGCAGCGGCACGCCAGGACGCACACAGGAGACAAGCGCUUCGAGUGCAGCCAGUGUCAGAAACGCUUCAUGAGGAGCGAUCACCUGACGAAGCAUUACAAGACGCACAUCAACACCAAGAACCUGUGAGCGGACUGUGCGCUCAGCGUGUUCGCAGACAAACUGUUAGCGGAGCUGCAGAGGGGACGAAGGGAGACUGUGACUUAUCCCAUAAUGGGAAAUACUCCAAAAAAACAGUCCCUGUGUCUCCUCUCAUUCCUCUAGGACGCUGCGUAGUGUACAGAGAGAUCCUUUCCGACGGACUUCAGAGUGACCCAGCAGAUUUAAUAAUAAUAGAUUAUUUUUGUUUUACGUAUCCCUCUGGUCCGAGCGGAGGCCAGAACCAGCUACGACUGAACGUAGAAGCGGAGGCUCCAGACGCAAAACUCUGCCUGCUUAUUUAUGAACUUCUUUGGUAGAAGAAUUAUUCAGACAACGACACCUACGACCACCGGACUCCAGUCACAGUUUCACAAAGAGUUUCCAUCUCUUCGGUUUUGUUUUUUCUUCCCCGCAAAUCCUGCUCGACUUUUUGUUUUUCGUGGAAACAUCGGGAGCUCUGAGGAAUCGUCUGUGAAGAAGCAAAAAAAAAAAAAAAAA